AUGAGUGCAGAUUUAAGCCUAAAAGAAACCCUGAUGCUUUUUGAUAGAAAUUGUGACGGCACAGUUUCCUUCAGGGAAUUUAAUGAAUUACUUUCUGAUCUAGAUAUAGGAUUAAGCGAACCACAAGUACGAAUCCUUAUGCGGCUUAUUACAGCAAGCUCAGCAUUUAAUGCAGCAGCAGGAAGUAUUGAUGUUGCUGAAUUCUUAGGAAGAUUUAAGGUUGUAUAUUCUAAUUCUAUUAAGGAAGACCCUCAAUCAAAGCUACCAUGGUUACGUCGUGCCCUACAUUGUAUAGGGAAGGCAAUUCUAUCAGAUAAGGCAGAAGCAGCAUCAAGACAUUACCAGCAGCAGCAGCAAAUAACACAAGAAGGAGGAAUUAUUCAUGAUGUACAGCAGCAGCAACAAACAAGAAGAAGAAGCUCAGCUGUACGUGCUGUUGCUCUCUUCCAAAAAUUCAAAGAUUAUAAUGGAGGAGGAGAUGGAUAUUUAUCUUAUGAGGACUUUGUGAUGGGUAUAAAACGUCUUAAUAUUAAUGAAGAAGAAUUAGGGUUUGCCCUAACUGAUGCACAUCUUUUCCGAGUAGCGGAGGCAAUAGACCUAACGGGAUCCAAGAGAAUAAAUUAUUUAGAAUUUCUUCAAGCUUUCCAUGUUGUUGAUAGUAGCUCCAAUAAUAACGUAGCAGAAGAACUAUGGGGCCAAAUAUGUACAACCCUAUUUCAGCACUCUAGUAGUAUUCGUCGAGCCCUCCAUCAAUUCGAUUUCGACUUAACCGGAAAAGUUGAUUCAGAGGAUUUCCGAUCGGCACUUGUUACUCUUAAUACUGUACUAGCUAGGACAGAGGCACCAUUAACAGAAGAGCAAAUAGAUUUAUUGGUGAAUUUUAUGGAUUUAGAUAGCGAAGGGAUGGUUGAUGCAGCAAAAGCAGCAGGGAAAGCAGCAGAGCAAGAGGGAGAUGAUGAUGAUGAUGAUGAUGAUGAUGAUGCAGCAGCAGCAGCAACACAUGAUGCUACUGCAGCAGAUGCAGCAAAAGAUACAAUAGAAGGUACAUCUAAGGGAGCAGCAGCAGAGACAUCGGAUGCUGCUACAGCUAAUGGUAACAGCAGCAGCCGCAGCAGCAGCAAACAAUCCAUGGAUAUAGAUGAUGGGGAGCACUGA